ACUGGGGGGAAAUUCACAGCCGGCAUUGGUGUACAAAAUUUCGGCAGUGGACUGAAAAAAGUAAGCAGUGGCCUAUAAUAUUGACGGCAUUGUCGUCAGUGGUUGAGGAGUGGUAAUAAUGACUUGUGGCAGUGGCAGUGCGGGAGGUAUUGCAAAGCAUUGCUAAGGCAGUGUCCGAAUUUUAUCCGGCAUUGGGUCGGCAGUACGGCAGUGGGAACGCUCCCUACUCUUAUUCCCGCUUAUUCCUGAGUAUGCGCAUGGCAUGUAGUAAUGACAAACGGCACCCCGCGCUUGCAGCAGCGUACAGGCAAAACAAUAACGGACUUUUAUGUGUAUAAUUAGCAAGUUUUCGUGCCUGAUAGUGGAUUUAAAGUAGUGCGGUUAACAAAAUUAAUAUGGAGAAUGCAUGUCCGACAACCAAAACUUUACCAUCCGGUGAACCUUCGGAAAAAAUCACAUUUGAGUCUUUGAUUGAAAACAAAUUUCCGAACCUUCCAAAUAGUAUAUUAAUGUUAAUAAAUUACUGUGGAUGGAACUCUUUAUCUCAGUUCCAAAACAUCACCGAUGCAGAUAUUAACCAAAUGGAAAAAUUUGCUCAGGAAGAAUUAUGGCAGCUCCUUUCAAAAGAGGAAACUGAAACUUUUUACGGCAUUUUCUUCAAAAAACCUAUGCUGUUUAAAAUUCUUAACGGGCACAGAAACUUAUUGAUUAGCAUAAAAAAUGCAUGUGUGGAAUUGUGUGGUGGAGAACAUUUAAAAUUAAGUGGGCAAACCUGCCGCUGUAAAUGUAGAAGUAAAGACAGAAAUGAAACUAACAAACCUUACAAACUAAAACAAGCCUCUUCGCGUCUUCCUAAUUUGUCAAAUCCAGUACCUCGCUCUCAAGCGAAAAAUAAUGCAGCUAUAACUGAAGAUGAAACUCAUAUACUAAACAUAAGUCGUAAUUAUAUCAAAGCUUUUUGUAAUAAAAAAUUAAAGGAACAGGAAGCUGCCCAAAUUUUGAACAAAAUUAAUAAAUUGAAAGUUGACGUAAUUUUUGAAAAUCCUGAAGAAGAUCCCCUGUUUGCCCACAUAACUUGUAUUAUUUGCGAGCAAAAAAUUAAAGUCAGCGUGGCUAUUGGAAAGUAUGGACGGAAAUGGAUUUGUUCAAAUUUCAAUUCUCAUUUUAAAACCCAUUUUGAAGGAGAACUAAAUGGAUCGGAUAAAUUGAAACAAAAGCCCACACAAAAAUCCCUGCAAACUGUCUCAAUUCUAGAAUUUGUAAAUGUCAAAAAUCCAAAGAAAAAUGUUACCAGUGCCGAUACAAUAGAUCUGGAUGACGUAUCUACAAUAAGUGGCCCUCUAACUAGUCAGUCUACUUUGGAAACUAACGCUGAUCUGGAGUCCAGCCUCCAAGAUCAUGUUACGGAGCGAGAAAAUGCUGUCGUUUAUCGUUCUGUAGGUGGAAGUCCCUCUAUUGCAGAAUUCAAUAGUGAUUCUGACCCCAAUUUAAACAGCACUAGAGCGUCAGAUUCUAACGACUUAAUAACUCAGGAUUUUUUUGAGAACGGUAGAACUUUCCAUGAGGCGGGGAAUUCUGCCGUUUCCUUAAAGCCUCGUAACGUUAUUUUUACUGACACUCCUAAAAAAUCAAAGUGGCAAGAUGAGAAAUAUUCCCGUCGACAAAGAAACUGUAGAAGACUAGAAUGGCUUUCAAAAGAUCAAGCAAAAAUUACAUCUUUCUUUGAAAUAAAGGAACAUAUGCAACAAAUACUUGCAGAGAACACUGAAAUUGGAAGCACAAUUAUAAAGUCAUGUAAAGAUAAUUUUAAUAUGGAAAAUAUAAAUAUGAGUAACUUUUUGACAGUUCUUAUGACUUCUGCGCAAAAUAACAGCAGUUGUUCUUCGAAUCACAAUAGGUUCACUGAUGAGUUGAUAAAGUUUUCUUUGUACUUAUUCAUAAUUGGAGGUAAACUUACUUAUGAGACUUUAGAAAGCAAUUUGAAGAAUGUUCUUCCAUCUCUUUCAACUUUAAAGAGAACGUUAAAUGAAAAUGUAACUGUGCAAGAGGGCGUUCUUUAUAUGGCUAAUUUAAAAAUGUAUCUGAAUGCAAGGAAACUUCCAUUAAAAGUAUUUAUUAGCGAAGAUCAAACUGCAGUGUUGAAGAGAAUUCAGUACGAUCCAAAGUCAAACAAACUUGUUGGAUUUGUGCUUGACAAAAAUGACGAAACCGGCUUUCCUUUAACUGAAAAAUUUAUUGUGAAUUCAGCCUGGGAUAUACAGGAAGCGUUUCAAACAGGCAUUUUAUCCAAUAAUGCUUACGUUUUUAUGGCGCAGCCUCUAGAAGAGAAAGUACCAGCUUUUUGUCUUUGCAUAUUUGGGAGUGACAAUAAAUUUACCUACAAAGAAGUAGUACACAGAUGGAAUUUCCUGAUACAAGAGGCUGCAAAACUUGGAAUUGUUGUAGAGGGUUUUUCCUCUGAUGGCGAUACCCGUUGCUUGAAAGGAAUGAAAAUAUUUAGUAAUUUUCCAGAUCAAAAUGCAUCCAAUGAGCUUUCUCCAUAUUUCCAGAUGCCUUUUAACACCGAUAAGGCGACAGUAAUUCAAGACACAGUACAUAUCCUCACAAAAAUGAAGACAAGGCUUUUAAAACCAGGAUUAACUAUGAAGCUGGGAUGUGAAAAUAUUUCUUCAGAACAUUUAGAGGAAAUGGUUGACAAAUAUCAUAAAGACACCCAUUUAUUAUGUAAAUCGGAUUUGAAUUCUCAAGAUAAAAUGAACUUCGAUGCCGCAAAGAAAAUAUCUUCUGAUAAAGUGAGAAACACUUUAAAGCAGAUACCUGGUAGCAAAUGCACUAUUCAAUACCUGACCCUAAUGAAUAAAAUUGAAGAAGCCUUCCUAAACAAAUCAUUAACUUGUUCGGAUCGAGUUUAUAAUAUGUGGUAUACAAUAUUUUUUUUGAGGGCCUGGAGACAUUGGCUCUACAUAAAUAAGAUUGUUCUCAAGAACUUUAUAACUUCAAAUACGUAUACAUGUAUAGAGCUUAAUGGUCAUGGACUUAUUUUACUACUAAUCAAACUAAAGGAUAACCCAGAACAGUUUUUACCCUGGUUCUUUUCAAGCCAAACUUGUAAACGAAUAUUUCGUCAAACAAGGUCAAUGACGAGCACUUACUCGACAAUUGUAAAUUUUUCUAUACUAGACCUUUUGCGAAGGCUGUCCAGAAUUCAGAUGAUAAACGAAAUCGUCACUGACUUAGGAGAUUCAUUUAUCUUUCCGAGGGAAAAGUGCUCGUCAAAAUUGGGAAAUACAGCAGAAAAAGAUCGUGGAAAAUUAAUAACACUUAGUGAAAUCAAAGAUAUUCUUUUCCGCGCUAAAGCUGACGCACUAACUGAUUGUCUUGCGUUAGGAAUAAAUGCUACAGAAGAAGCUUUUUAUACGAUACAUAUAAAACCAGACUCUGCUGAUUAUUUUGAUCAGGAAGACAACCUGAGUGAAUCUGACAGCGACGAGCAUAGUAUAUCACCAAAUGAAAAUUCAGAGUAUAUUUCAGAAACAGACCUCAAUGAUAUUACUGAAUCUAAAACUAUUUUUCAAAACAUGGAUCAUCUGGAUCUGAAAGAUUUUAGUCAAACUCCAAUUAAUAAUAAAUUAGUUUUAAAAAUAAAACUGAAGACUGGCAAAACUAUGACUAUAAAAAAAUCAACCCUUUGCUGGUUUUUUACCGAAAACAAAAGUCGUUUGUCUGCCGACCGGCUAGAGAGAGUAAAGGGAAUGGGCUCUCAAAAAACCCUUCCAAAAACAAAACGUUUAAAAAGUCAAAAGAGAAUAAAGAAAUCUAUAAAACCAAAGAAUAAAAAAAGUAAAUUGGAAGAGAAGCAAGUUGAAGAAAGUGAGACGGAAACUGAAGAUGACUACAUUUCAGAAUUUGAAAGCAACGGCAGUGAACAUGUGGCAGAACACAGUAGCUCUGAUUCGGAAGCCCCAAAGAAGCAACAAAUAGCCAUUGUUGAAGAAAAAUACUACGCGGUAUACUAUGAUGAUCAGUGGUACAUAGGAAGAAUAAUAAAAAUCGAAAAGACAACGUGUCAGAUAAAAUUUUUGUACCGAAAUUUGGACAGUUUUAACUGGCCCAAACAAGAAGACGUGCAACAUGUCAAAAAAUGUUAUAUUUUUUAUGGACCUAUUUCGCUUUUAGGUUUAAGUCCAUUCAACCUUAAAAGAUACGACUUGUGUGCAAUUGAAAAAAAGUACAAAAUGUUUAAAAAAGAUAAGUAA